GAAUUGUGUAACGGAAAUACGUAUCGAAUUCCCAGAGGCUUUUCCCUGCGCCCGUGAGUUCUACAGCUGACCGACUGUUCUAGUCAGUCGAGUCAGCGAAUUGUCGCACAAAUUGAUUCAACCUUUGGAAUGAGAAGAGAAAGUUGCCGAUAUGUUGCCUGCUGUAGAAUCGCCGCACAAGAAGGCAAAAAUGGAAGGAAGGCAAAAGGUGGACUUCUCCGAAUCCAAGUUUGUUAAAUUCUACAAAGCCGGCGUGAACCAAGCGGGAAAUAUCGCAGACAUCGAAGCAGGCUGUACGAGUUUGUCGCAAAGCCCCCCAGCGGAGGCGCAAAUCAUAACAACGGUAGAUAGUCCGAACAAGAGCCCGUGUUAUGGGCAAAAAUUGAGCCCAAAUGAAUCACGUUUAAAUUACCCAAACAACAUAGAUGGCGAUUCCCGGUUUUCAGCGAAUUUGGACUGCGAAGAUAAAGAAAAUUUAGCGACAGAACUCAUACUUGGUAGGUUAUAAUUUGUAUACAUUGAUCUUUGUUAUUCUCGCGACGCGCUAGAAGCAUAUUAUAAAUAUUUAAAACCCUGUAUUGUGUGUUUUGCUAAGAGCUGAUCAUACUUGCAUUGAUAAAUCAUGUGAAUUUGAAAACUUUUGCAUUUUAUCUUUGAUAUAAAUUUUUUACCAUUUGCUCGCACGAGUUGUAGCUCUUUGUGUGUUUAUGAUACGGUAUUCCUCGAAUGUGUUGUAAUUUUUGCUUUAAAAAUACACGAGGAAAUUGCUUAUGUUUAUUAUGUAAAUGAGACGUAGUCAGACACAUUAAUUAAUCACUAAUUUUGAUUUCUUCUGCCUCGAAUUAUGCAUGAGGGCUUAAACGAACGCUAGCUUCUGUGACCUUUAAUCGUUUGUCGUCUUAGAAUGCUAAAAUAUGAUACCAAAAACGGAAAUUAACGAGGCAGACUGUAGCAAUUGUUUUAGCUUGUUCCAGACGAAUGAAAUAUUUUGAAAACGUACGUUAUUUAAUAUCUCAAUUAGACUGUGUUUAAUUCGAUAUUCCCCGACUCCGUUCCAUAAACUGUGAAACAUAGACCUUCUGUGCAUGUAAAAUUGGGAAAUAAAUCCUCUAAGCUUCUUUCUAUGUGACAUAACUAUUCGCUUUGCUGUUUCGGUGCUUUGUUUUGAAAUUGCUACCCACUGUGUUCUUUUACAACAACUUAAUGAUUAGUUACCCCCUGUUGCGAAUUCAAAAUGCUCGUGAAUUUUACCUAUGUUCUUUACUUUCCCUGUUUAGCCAAGCUUAUAGCCUCAAUUCUUUUUUCUCACAUAAUCUUGCAUCUAAUUUGUAUUCCCCAGUGGUUUUCCUUGCUUUGUUUUAAUUUUUAUGCUUAAUUAUCGAUGGCAGAUGGGCAGAGAUAACGGGGUUAUUUCAGUCCAGAAUAUAAGCAAGGUUUCUAUAAGAGACCCCCAACUAAAUGUUUAUCAAAUUCAAAAAAUGCCUGGCUCGCAAUGAGGCUUCAAGCCGGUCAAUUUCUGUAUACAAAAGCAGAGCUGUUACCACUUUGCACAAUUUUAUAUCGUUUUCUUUUUGGUUUGCUCACCAGAAACACGAACAAAUGCCAUUUCUUUUUGUCAGCUAUGCUUUGGUUUCGCAAGUGACAUUUACUUAUCAACUCAUUUGCCAUUGUGUCGAUAUACAGUACAAUUUAUGAUAUUGUUCUUAAAUGUUUUAUGUCUGAAAUGAAUUACGUCUGUCGGGAUACGGCUUUUGUUUUGCAAAAUUAAUGCUGUUUGUCAUAUUUUUUUUACUCUGCUUUGCAGUUUAUAUAUUUUUGAACGAGUCCUCGAUAAAUUUUUCGAUGUUUCCUAAAAGUACGAAGCUUUCUUGCAACAAUUUGCUAGAAUUAUGCGAUUUCGUUUCAUGUUCGAAACUAUGGCGAAUUUCUUGAGAAUAUGAGCUGGAUUUUUGACUUUAUAGUAAUUGCAUCUAGAAUAAUUGAAAUUCUCCCGAUUAUAUAUAAUGAGAUUUCCUGACAGCAUUUAUGAAAAAUAUUUUAUAUUAAAGCCUUAAUUUUAAUCUAUUAAUCGUCGGGUUUAGGCAAAUCGGUGAGAGAAUGUCAAAUCCUUCGAAUAUAUUUCAUUCAAGAACAAAAUAAAUAGAACUAAGUGUUUAAAGGGAAACCGGUAUCUUGAAAAAGGGUCUGUUUUUACUGCCAGAAAAAAUCUUUGGUUUUGCUAAUCUGGUUUGUUUUGCUCGAGUGUGGCAUUUUUAAUUGGAAGUGUUCAGCUAUACGAGUUGCCAAGAACAGCUGUUUUUCCUCUAAGUGUAAACACUACAGCGUUAAGGGUAUAUUUGUCCCUAUAUUCUUGCCUAGAAACUGUAACAUGCAAUGUUGUCGAUUUUGCAACAUUAUAUUUCAUGUAUCGCCAUUCUAUUAAUAAAAUUUCACACAAAUUUUUAGCGGGGAACUAAAUUAUGACGCGAUUAAUAACCUCUAAAUUUUGUGGUGUCUGGCUGGCGAAAUUUGGCUGUCUGUCGCACAUCUUCAGACCUUAGACUCGAAAGGAAAUAUACAAAUUACGCACAGUUGUAAAUUAUUGAUCAAUUUCAGCAAUUUAGACUUUGAACACUUAGCGACAAUAUUUGAUUUCGAUUUCUCAGUUUCCAAUAACAUAUCGUAUGUGUUUUAAAAUGCCUCGUACUGUUCCUGAAACCUAAAUCUAAUCUACAAAGACCAAAGUCAAAGAAGGAAGGCUCUUUUGUCAGGAGCGUUACUGUAGUAUUAAAGCUUAAAGAUUUUCAAGCGCUGAUAAAACGAGGAUGAAAGUUAACAAGCCAGAGUUUGCAUGCGAGUUUUCUCAACUCUCAUGUCAAACGAGAACCGAAGGCGGAGUUGCAUCUCUUCAAAAUUUAUCAAACGCUCGUUGAACGAGACUCGUUCGACUUGUAAUGUAUUCAGUGCCUGACACUUUGCGAAAUCGUAUGGGGAGGGGACAUUCAGAGGCUUUCAAAAAUUAUUGGGGCAAUUUCCACCACUGCUUGUAUUUUCAAUGCGUCUCUUCCAUAAACUUUAUUUGGCAGCCGCUAGCGAAUGUUCUUUGUAAUGGAACACUUGAAAGCGUUCUUUGGAGGUUGGAUCAUUAGCAUGUAUUUGUUGUCAUCGUUGUAUACAAAAAUAUACCUUGAUAAUUAUGCUUUAAUGAUUUUAUGAUAAUUAUACUGAGUGCCAAAACAACAGAACAAUUGAAACCGUAGAAAGCCAUUUUGUAUUUUACUUCGAAAAACGUUUCUUAAGCCCGUUUUCCACUCACGUAUUUCGCCGCCGCUGGCGAAAAAUUUCGCCACCGAAAAAGUUCAUUUGUUGUUCUUUCGCGUCGUCAACGAAAGGUCAAACAGAAGUUGAAAAUUUAAGCAACUGUAGCAGGAGAACAAAUCUCUUCAGCGGCGAAUGAAUGUAAAAAUUUGUCAAAAUUUUUCGCCAGCGGCGGCGAAAUAACGGAGUGGAAAAUGGCGACGACGACGACGAUCAAUAAUAAAUAAAAUAUUGUGAAGAAAACUUGUUGUGCAUUGUCCACUGUAUGGAUUAAUGCAGUUUCAGUUUGAGGGGAUUAAAACAAGGGUUUUUUGGUCAGUUUUUUGGUCAAGGGUUUUUUGGUCAGCGUUUUUGCGGCUGGGAUUUGUAGUUACAAGAGACGUGCGUGGUUUGCCGUUGUAAAAAACAUACGUCACUUUACAUUUCGAGAAGUUACAUUGCAUUCUGGGAUGGUAAAUUACAUUCUGAGAAGUUACAUUACAUUGUGGAAUGUUAAAUAGAAUUCUGAGAAGUUACAUUACGUCAUUACUAAAUAGUACAUAUCAAUGAUUACAUUCUUGGAUGUCACAUUACAUUCCGAGAAGUUACAUUACAUAUUCUGAGAAUUUACAUUACAUUCUGAAUAUUUACAUUACAUUCUGGGAAAUUACAUUACAUAUUCUGAGAAGUUAUUUCAUUAAUUCUGAGAAGUUACAUUACAUUCCGAAAAGUUACAAUAUAUUCUGCGAAACAACCAGAUCUCGUUCCCAGGGCUCGGUAACGUCGGGCAGCCCGAGAAGCCCUGGGAACGAGGAUAACCAGAUCUGCGUUUUAGACAAAAUGUUGGGUUACAUUUUUAGAUUUGGUCCUGUUGGAGUUGUUGUUUUGACCAGUUCUUAUUGAUUCCGGGGUCACCCUAAUUUAAGACAAGUCCGACUCUAUUUAUUUAUGGUGAAUCUUUUGACACUGACAAUUACCAUCUUUGCCAAAAUAUGCCGAAAACGAUAUAGAAUUACAUUUCUGAAGAACCAGUUGCGGUUUAAAUUAUCCGAUGACCUGCUAGCAUACAUUUUAUAUUAAGUACAAAGUUGACAAAUAGCCCUGAAACUAACUUAAAUAGACAUAUCCAAACACCUGAAAUAACGGUUUCUAAAAAUUAUUCAAAUUAUGGCUUAAUAAUUAAAUGAGGUUUCAAUAAACAGUUCGUGCGUCAAUAAUGCGUUUAACUGGGUGAAAAGGUCAGCGAGGACAAUUCCUUAAACUGCCAUAUAUGUCUUCGCCCUAAAUUUAGCUCAUAUGCCCCUAAAAAGCAACGGAUUUACGUUAAUAGCCUCUGUUUGUCUUGACAUUUUUAACAAGCUGUUGUUGAAUUGUCUACGCAUAUGUUUCACGAAAAUAAAUGAAUCUGUAUAUGAAAGGUAAGAGUUUAAUUCGUUUUGAAAAACAGACAAGAGUCAGGGCUAACAUUUUGCGAGUCUCAAAUCUGAAACGUUAUUCUGCUUACUUAAUUCACAUUAGUACAAUAUACGAUAGGUAUACAAACCGGAAGUACUGGUAAAGUAGGGUGUACUCCCCCGGAUAGCAAACUGUUUUCCGCUAGCAUCUAUCUCAAUCGGGGGGGGAGGGGCGCUAUAUAAUAGGCCCAAUCGGUUGACACAUUUGCAUGCCUUACGUUUAAAUGCUUGUUUGCCAUUGUUCCAUUCUUAAAUUUUAUGCUCACAUUAUCAGGUAACUAGGCAUGUGAAUUAUUUGAUGGGCUGUUUAUAUGGAGGCCCGGUGACCCGUGUUAUCUUGCUUUUCCGAGACGAAUUUCACCCUGUGUUUACAUGAGACUCUUUAGACGGGCUAGCUCGCCAAAACAAAGCAUGCGUAUAUAGCGGGUUAGGUCUAGUUAUCUCGACUUUGUUCUAGUAACAUAUGCUUAUACAUUAACCGCAGAACAGUGGUAACUAGGCAUGUGGUCUAGGAUAAAACAUGGCUUUACUCCUGGGACUUAAGCCAAUUUUUACAUUGGGCGAAUUUGUUAACAGAACAGCAGGCUUCGGCAAGCGUCUUUCGCCUCUGAGAUCAUGGGUUCGAUUAUCGUUGCGGAUAUAUGUCACUUAUGUGAAAAGAGUCGUUCAACACUGUACCACAGGUGUACUCUGGGUACUCCGGUUUCCUCCGACAGGGAAUUUUCUCAGGGUGGGUUGGGAUUAGCCCCUAAGUCGUGAUUAGCCCCUAACACUGACCCUUCCACCGUGGCUGCGUUCCGUGAUUAGCUGGCACCCACCCAUUCACUCGCUUACAAAGGCCGUUUUCCACUUCAGCCGUAUCGUAAAGCCUGGUUCAAAUAUACCUGCGGUAUGCUGGCGGGCUAUUGUUAGCAGUUCAACCAAAUAAUUCACAAAAGAAUGUACGCAUCAACAGCUGUAAACAAUGAUAGCGCAGGCAUAUGUGAACCAGGUUUGACUACCGUAGCAUUUCUUUUGUGUCAAAGUCAUUAGUUCCAGUGCUCAGGACUAAAGGGCCAUUUCCACUCAAGAAAAUUUUCCACGGAAAGAAAAAUUUGUGAAAUGUGAUUGGACCUUUACACCCCUUCGUUCUCCAAGACUCCAACAAUGAAAAAACAACGAACAUUCCAAUUACUGAAUCGUAACUGGAUCAGUCUGGAUGCCACUAUUCUUAUGUUAAGCCUCAUAGAAACGUUCAAUUUUUCCUUGACAAUUAAGCGUCAUUUCCUUGUGUGUGCGCCAAAAAAUGUUUUGGUCAUGCCAGCUUUUGGAGAAGGAAAAUUUGUUUUAUGUGAAGGGCCGUCAAGGAAAACUUGAUCAUGACAAGUGUACAACAAAUAUACGUCUAUGGUUUUGGCAAACAAUAGGUGGUCUUGACAUAAGAUAAAUAUUCAACAUCAUUCUGUUAAAACAAGCAGCAAAACGUGUCACGGGAAAGUUGUUUAGUGUUAUAUGCAAAGGCUUGUUUAAUGUGAGGCCCGUUACUUUGUCGAAAGUUAACUAUGUUACUAUAGGAAGAUUGACGAAGCCACUUUAAAUAAGAAACGUCUAUUUUUAGAAUCACCUCCUAUCCCCAAUCCCCUACACGAUACUCCUCCGUCAAGGGUCAUUCAUUGUCGCGCAGUGGCUGACGGUACAAAGGAGACGGAUCUAAUAAGUGUAUUACAACCGUUUGGUAAAAUAACGUAAGUUGGGAUUUCGAUUUUUAUUUAUUUACAAACUUUGUCAUGUCAACAGGUAAUUAAGACCCACACAGCUUUUGCUCCAUUAUGGGCAGGAUUAUGGGCAACCAGACCUAAUUGAUACAAAUAAUAUGCUUGGUGACAGACUAACAACAAUAAUUACUUACAUUUACAGAGAGUUACUAAUUAUUACUAACACAAAAUUACUAGUAACGCUAAAUUACUAGUAACGCUAAAUUACUAGUGACGCUAAAUUACUACUAACGCUAAAUUACUAGUGACGCUAAAUUACUACUAACGCUAAAUUGCUAGUGACGCUAAAUUACUACUAACGCUAAAUUACUAGUAACGCUAAAUUACUAUUAACGCUAAAUCACUACUGGAGGUCAUUCCCCCAGAAAAAUGUUAUAGUUUUGAAGCUCUGACACUUUCUGGAGAGAAUUCGUUAUAAAAGAAUUGCGCGGUCAUAUUGACUUGCGUAUAUUCAUGAAUUAAACACGCAAUUUACGUUGUAUCAUAUUUAGUUGCCUCAAAAACACCUUUAUUCAUUUAAGUCUAAUGCACUUUAAUUGAUCUUGCAGAUACGUAGCUCUUCUACCAAAAAUACGCCAGGCCUUGGUGGAAUUCGAGGUACUUGUUAUCUCUUCAUGCUCGUUUCUGUCACUGAUUCCAUUGUGUAUGAAAAUAUCAGACUGUUUGGUUACUGUGCAAUACGUUAGUUUUACGAAGCACAAUCGCCGCCGGGCUCGAAAUAGCGGGCUGCCAAUGGUCUAAAACAGACCAUAUUUUAGAAAUGACAGGCAAAAACAAAUUUGAACUGCCAAAGUAAAAAAAAGGCAGGUGAAUAAUCUUGUAGCAGGUCUGCCAACAAGCCGUCAACAAGUUGUGUUCGCACUGCUUGUCCCAAGUUGUCAACAAGUUUGGAACAAACUGUUAACAACUUGUAACAACCUUGUUGGUAUUAUCAGACGUGUUGCAAGGUUGUUCCAACAAGUCCAAUACAGUCAUGAUAUGACAAUAUUAUUAGUAUUAAAACCUUGUGCCAUCAGCCUGGUAACAUUCUUCAUGUUAUAUCAUCACUGUAUCAGACUUGUUAGAACAAUCUUAAUCGUCCAAGCACCUAAGAUAUCGUAACCCCAACAAUAUUCAGGUCAAAUCAAGGAUAACAAUUCUUCUGUUUUAGGAUAUCGACUCCGCCGUGGCCCUCGUUUGCUAUGCACAGGUAUAUGAUUUUCUCGUCGAGACCACUUGAAGAAUUGAACUUUUGACCAAGUUAUUCUAAUAAUGUCUUGUCGUUUUUUUCCAGAAUAACCCUAUAAUUUUACUCGGAAGACAAAUGUACGUGAAUUUUUCAAAAAGUCAAGAAAUAAAAAGGUACGUCUUUUGUACAUUAUUAGCUUGCAUUAUCAGAACAGUGGUAACUAGGUAUGUGUAUAAACUAUGGAUUUUGGGAUGAGAAAUUUCUGGUGUGUCGGUAUUACCGGUUCUUAGGCUUUGUUAAUUAGGGAGGAAAAUUUCUCAAUGAGAAUUAGGAACGAAAUUUUAACAAAGGAGAUUUAGAUUUUGUAAUGUGGAAACACCGCACCUUUUCGUAUAUUUUCCAUUAUUUUAUAUUACUAUUCAAGCGUGGACAGACUCUACCUCGUUAUAGUGCCAAAUUUGGCCUGCUGCUCCAAAUAACUAAUGUUCUUUCUUUUCAGAGACAAAAUCCCAAGUGGUCACUAUCCUAUCCCUAUGUCACCCCAAAGUCCCGGUGAACAAGACAUAUGUGGAAAUAUUUUAUUAUUAACAAUCAUGAACGCUUUAUAUUCUAUAGACGUAGUGAGUAUUGCGUUUACUUGUUUUCAUAACCAUCAGUUUGUGUAUAUGGUACUUGUUGUUAAUUUUGUUGUUGCUUUUGGUUUACGUUAGUCAGAAAAGUCAGAACUUUGUUGACCUCUGAACUCAGCCAAUCAGAAUCUACUGAGUUCAACUAUGAGCAAUCAGAAUCGACUGCCCAGAUCUGGGUAGCGCAGCUGGGGAUCGACCAACAAUGCCACUGAUUUUUCACAGACUGUAUUACACCUUGACAUGAUAAACACUAUAUAUUUUUAGAAUGUCAUAUCUCAAGUUUGUUCACCAUAUGGCAACGUUUUAAAGAUUGUGAUCUUUCAUAAGAAUGGCUUGCAGUGUCUUGUCGAAUAUCCUUUACAUUCGUAACAAUUAGAUCCAUCUUGCGCUGUAACAAAUAACUUAUAUAUUAGCUGAUAAAAAAAUUAUAACGAUUCAUGAGGCCCAGAACUUUUCGUUGAGUGGAUUAUAUUAUUAUAACAUUUGGUGCGAAAGGGCGUCUGUGAUAAAACGCGAAUUUUAACGAAUGCUGACGUCUGGAAAUGAUUUUUAAAAAAUUUUGCCAGCGAAAAAAAGUUGUUUAAAAAAAAUGUGUCAUGAGAUAGGAUCAUUCGGGAAACCGCAACCAAACAAUUUUUUUAGCGCGUAUAGAUGAACUAUCAGCAAAACAUUAGGGCGGUGUUAUUCAUUUGUUCCAAGAAUCAUCAGUAUAGAUAACGUUAUUCUAGUGGUUUACACUAUUGACGUCACAACACGUCAUCUAGGAAAGCCAGACUAAAAUUAGUCAUGCGCAAGCUCCCACUGAUCUAAAAAAAUAGGACUGGAUAGAGUAUCCUUUUCAAUUCAAUACGCCAAUUUUGAAACCAGAAUAUAAUGAGAUGAGAUUUUAGAGUCUAUAUAGCAAAGUCUCUGCAAAUUAGCCAUUGCGAAGUUGAUGAGAGGACUGGGGAGUGUUAAAAAGUGCCCAAAUUAAGAAAUGAACCAAAUCACUAAAAAGACCACCUCAAAAUUAGUAAUUAUACAAAGUUUGAAGACGUUUAUAUGAAUACCCUUCGAAUAAUAAGCUUUCAAAAAUUGUGAAAUUACUGAUUAAAAGAUUGUUUUUGGGACGCGCGUCCCAAAAAUUACAAUACAUUUCAUAGUAAAUAUCGCGAUUUUUGAAAGCUUAUUAUUCGAUGGAUAUUCAUGUAAACGUCUUCAAACUUCGUAUACUUACUAAUUUUGAGGUGGUCAGUUUUUAACACUCGUCCCCAGUCCUCUCAUCAACUUCGGAAUUGCUAAUCGGAUCACGACGUGCUUAAAUUAGCAACAUUAUUAAGCAAAUGUCUUUUUCUAUAUUACUUAAAAGAUAUGGCUACCCACAUCUCUUCUAAUGAGUUUUAGAACGUUUUAAACACUAGAUAAUGGGACUUGUGGGCCGCCAUCUUGGCGUGAACCUCGUCAUUGAGAGCGAAGAGAGAUUACUGUUGAUAAAUGUCUAUUCACGAAAUGUUUAUUCUUUCCCACCGAUAACCAGAAACUGUAAGAACCUCUUCUACUAUGUCACCAAUACCACAGUAGAUUUGUGGUGGUCAAACCAAUCAUGGCCGCCAUUGCCUUCGUUCAUGUAUAGUAGAUGCUGUAUCCAGUUCGAGACCAGUGUGCGCAAGCUCCAGCCAUUUCUGAACGAAAUGUUUGAAAAUCUAUCCACUUCGCAACACAGCUAUAAUUUAUGGUCGGAACAUUUUCACAAUUUCUUCCUUAACGCUGUAUAAAUUCGACAGCGUAGAGUCAGCAGAACAAGCCAAACUACAUCUAAAUGGUCAAGAUAUUUAUCCAGGCUGUUGUACACUCAAAGUGGAAUACUCACGGGUAAGGAAUGACUUAAAGCCCCGGUCAAACAAGGAUGAGAGUUGAUGAGUGUUGAAACUCUCCCUCGCGUUUGACCGCCGUCUCUCAUGCACUCUCAUCAAUGAACUCUUGUCAACUUUGAGCUGGUUGAAAUUUUGAUGAAAGUUGAUGAGAGUUUUUGCUACGUGCGCGUUAAUACUGAUCCAGUCAACUCUCAUCAACUCUCAUGGAACUCUUGUUCUCGUUUGACCAGGGCAUGAGAGUUGAGAAACUCUCAUGUAAAUUCUCACUUCUCAACUCUCAUGCAACUCCAAUGUUCCCGUUUGACCGGGGCACGAGAGUUGAGAAAAGUCUCAUGUAAAUUCUCGCUUCUCAACUCUCAUCAACUUUCAGAUGGCAUUUAUUACAGAAUAACUAAGAAAGUUUUGGUGAUUCUUUUCAUUAUACGCAGUGCCAGUAGUCUAUCAUGGUUGUGUAAAAUGGCUAAUAAGAUGAAGAUAAAUAUCGUGUUAAUUUUUGCUGCAACUUGCAACGCAAUUUUAUUUCUAGGCGAAGAAAUUAAAUGUGUAUAAAAAUGACGAAGAAACCUGGGACUUUACUCAAGAUAAAAAUGAAUGUGUACCUGGUAUGAUUCGCUCAAUGAAAGAUUUUGUUUUUAAUUAUGAUGUACGUGUAGUAAAACUCUCUCUCUCUAUAUUGAACACUUUAUUUUCGUUUGUAUUCCAGGUGACUGUGGACCCAAUAAUGUUCUGACCCCACUAAACGGUACGUUAAAAAUUGACAAUCUCAAACUCAUUAAUAAUUAGCCAACCAUAAUUGUAAAUUAGCCAACCAUAUUGCUUUAUUUUGCUCACAUGAUAAUACUGAAUACCUGGUGAAGUAUGUUAAUCCAGUCCUAGGAGUGGAUCAAAAUUAAUUCACCUCACUUUAAGUAGUGUUUAUGUCAUUUCAAAUCCUCCAACUUGGACUGGACUGGAUUUUUGACUUCGUCCACUUCUCGACUUCACCUCUGACUUGAUCAAAUUUCGCGGACUUGAACUCUAGUCCAGUCCUCAUAGUCGGAUUGGAAAUAUUAGAUACUUAAGAUCUACGACGUCGUCGUCAGCUAGGACGUCAGGGCUAAGCAGAGGACUGGGACUAGGACGUCCUAAAUUUACAUCCUUUUGAAAAUGAAUUUAAAAGAGACGUGCGAACUAUUAGCAUUUGUUAUGCUCUUGUAUUUACGACGGUAAAACUCUUGUUGUGAAGUUGUCGACGUUUGGUGGACGACGAGCAAAUUGAGAGAGACACAUGCACACUUCGAAAACUGUUACCAAUUUACUUCCGCUUGCCGCCCUAAAUAUUUGACGUAGAUACUUGAGCUAUCUACUUAUUUAAGACGACGUCCUAGUCCCAGUCCUCUGCUUAGCCCUGACGUCCUAGCUGACGUCGACGUCGUAGAUCUUAAGCUAUCUAUUACUUGAAAUAAUAGUUUUAUGCUAAGUGGUGUCAACUGUUAUAUGGUAGAUCAAUACAUUAAUUGCAAGUCAUUAAAAUUAAUUUUUAUUUCAUUUAGGAAUGCCUAUGUCGAGUACUCAAUUGCCUAUCACUAAUGAAGCGUUGGCGAAAAUAUCUGCAUUUCCAACGGUUCACAGUAAGAAACGUCUUCAUUCAUAGACUUUGUAACGUGGAGCUCAGUUAGGUUCAUUGUUCCAGUGGACGUUUCCAACGAAUGUCCUUACAAAGCAUGUACAUCGUGCUAUGUUUUAAACGUUCUAGAUUGGUUUGUGAUUAGCCCAUUAAGCUGCAGAGCUAAUUCCUCAUUGACGAGUAAAAUCGUCUGGCGUUAGACAAGUAAAAAAUAAGUAGGGCGCACUGGGGCGCAUUGCGGCUCAAUGGGUUAAGUACAGCUGUUAUUUGUCUGUUCAAUGAUUAUUUAAAAUCACCAAAACACGGUAAAAUAUCCACAAAUGCUGAAAACGCUACUCUACGAACUCGGGAUUUUAAAAUUUCCCGAGAGGAGCAUAAUACCCUUACACCCCCUAAAGGUUCAUGGAUAGCCUUAUGGGAGUCGAAAUACAUUUUCACAUAAUAAUUGCUUCGGCAAUUCUGGCUACGUCACUGGUUCAGACACAAACAGAAGUACCUUAAAUUCAUUUGUUUUCUGCUUUUGUCUGUUAAAUUCAUCUAACUUCAAUUUUGUUCACUUUUCCAGGUAUCUUGUCCAAACUUAGUGUUUUACCAGGUGAGAAGAAUCCAACGUUUAUUAGCCGACACAUGUGUUUGUUUAGUUCGUCUUGUUCCAGUUUUACUACAGGAGGAAACGUAAACUUAAACUAACUUUAUCUAUACUGGAUAGCUCUAUCAUUCAGGUGUAAACUGUUUUCCUUAGAGGUUCAAUAAGGGGCAUAUCUUAUUGAUCCAGUGUUACUAUAGGGGGAAACCGGAUUUUUCGACUAAAUCCUGUGAUAACUGGAAAUAUAUUUUUCGCACAUGCAAAUCGGGCGACACUCCGGUCACUAAGAUGAAAGACACAUCCCAAUGACGUCAUUUUAUAUCUUCGUCCUUAUUAGGUAGUGGUGGUGUAUCAGGUGAUGUCACUUCAUGUGAUCCCAUGUCAACCUCACUUAACCCCGGCAUGGAUGGCUCUGAUCUCACUGGACUGUUCCCAAGUGUACCUAAUAGUCCUGGAGGUCUCUCGCCGUUAUCCUUAGCACCUCAAAGUGUCAUUGGCGUGGGGCAACCCAUACUUAACCCAGGUAGGUCACCAUUGACGGGAAGCCAUAUUUCCCAAAGGUAGGCAGACCUGGGAACAUUGUUUCUUAGCCAUGUUUCCUGAAGAUGGGCAAAUCGGGAAGCAUUGUUUCAUAGCCAGAAGGUGGGCAAACCAGGAAACAUUGCUCCUAGUCCCUAGCCAUGUUUUUAGAAGAUGGGCAAACCAGUAAACAUUGUUUCCUAGCCAUGUUUCCCGAAGAUGGGCAAGCCAAUUUUACCUAGCCAUAUGUUUCAAAGAUGGGCAAACCAUGCACGAAACAGUUGCAUGAAGAGAAAAUCGCUUCCGAGUAAAAUGCUCAAUUCAUAUCGGUUCAAAGUUAAUUAUAAUAAUAAUCUUUGUAUUUUCCAACAGACGGUGGUCUGGGAUGUGUUCUCAUGGUUUAUGGUUUAAAUCCAGAACGAAUGAAUUGUGAUCGUCUUUUUAAUCUGUUUUGUCUUUAUGGUAACGUAAUUAAGGUAACUAGACUGUCUUUAUUAGAGACCUUACGAUUUUAGGACGGCAACGCGACGGCAACGGCUACCAAUACAAUAAAUCAUUGAAAACAAUUGAAUAAUUACAAAUAUGAAUAAUUUAGACAUUGUCUUCGCUCUGUUUACAACGCCAAAUCACAGAUUUUCACGUCCUGAUACAACGGCUGCAUUCCAAGCCGCGACAAGUGCAACUUCGGUUUAAAUUGGGUUCAGCAGAACUCUUCCCAACCAUAAAACCCAUGUCUUCAACUUCUAAGACUGUAGUAUUAAAUACAUACGAUUGAUAAUACACGACGAAUUAUCUUUACUACCAUUUAUUUGAAGGAGUUUGUUUUGACCGUCGUCGUCGCGCUGCCGUCCUAAAAUCGUAAGGUCUCUAUUUCUACCUCGCGAAAACGUUUUCUAGAGGUCCAUGCAGGAAAGAGGUCCGUUUGCACAAUUGCACUUGAAUUUUGUACUGCAAUUUCCGGUGCGAUUUUCUUCUUCUGAUGGAUGUGAACGAGUAGAUGAGUUAUGAAUGUUCUGGAUAUAUGCACCCUCAUCUGAACAUUCAUAUCUCAUCCACUCGUUCACAUCCACCAGAAGGAGAAAAUCACACACCUAAAAUCGCAGCAAAAAUUGACCAUUUGCGUAAUAGACUAAAUUUUGAUCUCAACAAAAAUUUCAUCACAGCUUGAAAGAGCAUCAUAAAAUUAGUAAUAUUCCAAAGUUUCGUUGCAAAAUGUUGUAAAAUGCGGAUAAUAUAGCCUUGCGAAAUUUGCAAUUUUCAGUCAUUUUAGAUUACAAACGGGAAAUUGACAGCCCCAAACCCUUCGAGGCUGUCAAUUUCCCGUUUGUAAUCUAAAAUGACUGAAAAUUGCAAACUUCGCAAGGCUAUAUUUUCCGCAUUUUACAACAUUUCGCAACGAAACUUUGGAAUAUUACUAAUUUUGUGAUGCUCUUUCAAGCUGUGAUGAAAUUUUUGUCUAGACUUGUUUAGAUCAAAAUUUAGUCUAUUACGCAAAUGGUCAAUUGCAAGCGUAAACACGGACCUUAACAAUCACAAUUAUUGAUUCAGUGUUGCUAAUGCAGGAGGAAACCUAAACUAAAAUACACUAUCCGGACUCUAUUAGGUCUUCAGUAAUAAAAAGUAUUUGUUUCUCGUUUUAGAUAAAAUUUUUAACCAAUAAACCUGGUGUGGCCAUGAUUCAAAUGUCGGACAAAAUGGCGUCUGAAAUGAUUAUCAAAAAUUUAAAUGGUUUGGAACUGUUUGAAUGCAAGCUGGUUAUUGCGUGAGUAUUUUUGUAAUGCUCGGGACAUUAUUCAUUCUUUGUUGUGAGGCGUUGAGUUAGAUCAUUGAUCGACAUCGCAACACGGGUUAAGCGUCAUCUCUGCUGCACCAUAAUGGCAUAAUGCUUAGUGAAACCGACCUACAAUAAAUGCAAAAAAUCCUUGAGUAUUUUCAUUAAAAACAUGAGUAAAAUAAUGCAAAGUGGCCAAAAAUUUGAGUAUAUAAAAUUACUGAAAUUUUUAGUAAAGUUUUAAUUUACUCAUUUUUUUAGUAACUCAAAAACUGAGUAAAUUUCCUUAUAAAUUUGAGUAAUUUCAGUCAUGACAAUACUUGUUUGUUUGGGGAUCACGUUUGUGUUAAAUUUUGUUUUCUGUUAAUUUUUCAGAUUUUCGAAACAUCCCUACAUUGCGGGUUCGUCAACCGUGAACACCUUAAAUGAUGGCACGCCCGCGACUGUCACAUACACUGAAAAUAGAAACAACAGAUUUAAAUAGUAAGUACAAAUGUAUAACUGUGAUCUCUAUGUAUAACUGGAGCACGAAGCCAAGAUGGCGAAAAUUGACGUCCAAUAGGUAUGAAGGUUCAGACCCUCUACCAUGUUGUUUUUCUUUGCCAGUUUAACUAAUCUCUAUAUUUGUUUUUUAGCAUUCCUGAAGGACAAAGCCUUAAGAACCGUAUCCUUCGACAAUUCCCCAUUGUUUAGCAAAUAAUAAAACAAUUUCCUUGUUGAUAUACAGUUCUAUCAACACGAGUGGGAAUUAGGAAAACGAGAAAUUGUGUGGAAACACGACGCCCGGAGGGCGAAGUGUUUUCACGCAAUUUCGAGUUUUCUCAAUUUCCACGAGUGUUGGUAUAACUGUAUAUCAAUACGGAAAAAUGUUUUAGAUUUUUUUUUAUAAUAUAGCAUUUGUAAAUUCUGAACGCUGAUUGGCUAAGAGCCGUGUUGAUAUAACUCAAUGUCAACACGGGAAAUUUUCUGCCGCUUAUAAACACGGAAAUUUUUCUUAUCCUUCGGGCUUUUGACAUUGCUAUAUUAUAAAAAAAAUAUAAAACAUUUUUUCCGUAUUGAUAUAUAGUUAUAUCAACACUCGUGGAAGUUGGGAAAACUCGAAAUUGUAUGAAAACACUCCGCCCUUCGGGCGUCGUGUUUCCAUACAAUUUCUCGUUUUCCCAAUUCCACUCGUGUUGAUAUAACUGUAUAUCAACACGGAAAAUGUUUUAUAUUUGUUAAAUAAUAUAGCACAAAGAAAUAUAAAGAAAGAAUUGAGAUUGGCUCUUAGCCAAUCACCGUUCAGAAUUUACAAAUGUUAUCUAUGUUAUAAUUGCUAUUUUUUCACUAAUUUUCCUUAAUCACAAAACUCAGGAUACCAACCUCCCACACGCAUGCUACAUUUCUUCAACGCACCUCGCAACUGUACUUUAGAUCAGCUCAAAGACGUAAGUGUAUUGUAACACUAUUUAGAGAGUAGAGAUGAAUGAUGUUUCGACUCAUUUGAACAUACCAAAGCAAGCAGGCCUAUAGUAAAUUGCCUAGUAUAAUCUGCACGACUAAAUACUGGCAGGAGCGGGCGAGCUGCAGCCCCCAGCCCCUCGCAAGCCUAUGUCUUCAUCAUUACCACAAUUGUAUGUAUACGACUUUAAAACGAUCGUCAUUCUGUGCCAUCGUUUUGUCGCCGCUAAAAAUAGUCUUGGAUAAGUUGGAUAAGUAUGUAAUUAGGUAAGCAUAAUGUACAGCGCAUUUGAUCAUAUGGCCACAUGUAAAUUUGUGCGCUAUAAAAAUGUUAAUCGUAAGACUUGAAAUGUUAUUUGUUCAGGUAUUUCUCACAUCAGGCGCGGAGUCUCCAAUUCGAGGGACUUUCUUUUCCAAAGGUAAAAUCACAUUUCCUGUUUCUGCAUUGUGCAGGCAUUACGUUGAAUGAAAUUCUCCACUUGCAAUAUGGCGUCGUAUGCCUACUUUACUAAAGUGAAUCUACUGUAUUUUCAGGCAGUGCAAAGUCUUCAAGUGGUUUACUUGAAAUGCCGAAAGUCCAAUCAGCUGCCGAGGCUGUCGUGCUGGUGAAUCACGUGACCAUUAACCCUGAAGGUACAGUAAUACCACAUGAAACACUAAACACUAUUUACACGCCGUAUAAGCCCGUUUUUCCCUCGCCUAUUUCAAACUACAGUCCACAGUCGAUGUUAACAUUGUCUGUGGUAGCGUUGUUCCAAUAUUCAAUCCGUUCUGAAUUCUUACCGCCCCGAUGAAGCCAAUGGUAGCAGAAUGACUUCAGAAAAAUCUGAGGCCAAACAAAAAUUAUCCUGGGUGGGUUUGUCGGAAAUACAUUUGGGCCGAAAGUGGUGCAUGCAUUUUCCCGUGCGUAAUACAAAUUAAUACAAAAUUUGCAAAGUUUGUAGGGCUAUAUUUUCCUCAUUUUACAACAUUUCGCAACCAAACUUUGCAAUUUUACUAAUUUUAAGAUGCUCUUUCUAGCUGUGGUGAUGGAUUUUGAUCUCCUUGCCUAGAUCAAAAUUUAGUCUAUAGCGAGGUCUAUAGCUGAAAUCAGUCAUUCUGUCAUCUUGGCUUCACUUCUCUUAUAGGCCGAAUGAUUGGAUUGCUCCAGAUAUGUAUAUAGAGCAACACCACUCUGACUUCUUUCUGGUCAUGUCAUGUAAAUAGGACGUACAUACAAACAUUAAUUUAUUUUGCUAGGUGGUGGUUCCUAUACACUAAAACUGGCAUUCUCGCCCAGUUCAACAAUCACACCUUCAGCACCAACAGUUGCGCCCGCAGUUGCUGCGGCAGCGGGCAUCAGCUUCGGGGGGCGUUCCCCCAGGAGAGAAACAUUUCCGAGUCAUGAGAACCUGGUAUCGAGACUUGGUCCUAUCGGAAGUAGACCUCCCGGGGAUUCAUCCCUACUGCUGGUAUCGUAGUAUGAAUGGUAAGUCGUUCCCAGACUCGGCGCGAAUGACCAUCGAGCUCCAAUAAAUAAUCUGAGUGUAUAAUACCGUCGCUUGCGUCUGCCCAUGAACAGUCGCAUGCAAAACUUGUAGAUAUCACUCAAGAAAUUUAUUGAGCUCAGUGGUAUAAAACGGAUAUAAAAUAAUAGACAUUGACAAAUAUUUUAGACUGAACGUUAUAAUUCAACGUACAUAAGCAUUCGACGCGAUACUAGAUUUUAUCUUCGGACUCAAGCUUGCAAAUAAUGCCUUGACGUAAAAAAUAGUUGUUUUUAAUGCACAUUAUAUUACCGACAAAUUUGUGUCAAAGUACUGACUCAAAGAAUUUUAGCACAAGAGUAAAAAAAUAUAUAAAAAAUUCAAUUAUAAAGAAUAUCGUAUAUGAUAUAAUGGACAAGACCCUUGCACGAUGAUGUCAUAUCACGCCAAUCUUUGGCAAUGUGUGGAAAAUAAUGCAACAUAAAUUUCGUGAAAUUGAUCUAUACUUCACAUAUGACAUCAUCAUGUGAGGGUCGAUAGUUUCAAGAAUUAAUAUUCUCACUAAAACAGUAAGGUAUUAAUUUUACAGUACAUUCACAUGUCUUAGAUCGUGCCUCAAAUUGUCGCAAAGACAUGCUAGGUUAUUCAAAGUAUAUUAUAUAAUAAUAACAUCAGGGCCGUAGCGAGUAAGUUUGUGGGGUCAGGGAAAUUAUUUAUAUAAUAACUACAGUGAAACACGCAAUUUGAUUGGUGAAUAGCCGUGUAGGAUCAGGCUAUCCUGAACGAGGGAUUUAAAAUGCCUUCGCGGGAUUUUCGCGGGAUUCUCAAAAUGUCAUUGUUUCACUGUGGUUAUUUUAUAAAACAAUUACCAAAUGGUUUUCCAAGCAGGAUAGCGUGAUCCCAUGCACUUGGGAUGUUGCUCGACUUUCGGAAAGUGUAAAAAUACACUCACCUGCGGCUCGAGUAUUUUUACGCUUUCCUCGUGCAUAUAAUUCCUUUAUUCUUAAUUAUGCUCUGUUCAUAUUUGAGCCCGGUUACCGCGGCGCUCACCUGAAUGGGAUCAACUAUUUCUGUGUCCAUUUGACUGUUUUUAUCUCAUCUAAUGUCCCAUCUUGGUGGGACGAAUGUUAGGAGUGAUGCAAACGAAAGUCUUUUUCCAGGGAUUUUCGCACUUUCUCGGGGUCUAAAUUUCUCAGAGUCGGAAAAAUUUUUUCCAACAGCGCUUUUAUUUCCUCGCAACGGCCCUGUAUGACACGGAUUUUGACACUUCGUUCAUAGUAGGAAAAUAUACGAUUACGAUGUGAAAAUUGUUCUCAAAUAUGCCAUCAAGAUGAAGUAAUGUGUAUAGCAAAAUGCGCCCCAACUUGACCAGAACUUGAUAUAGGGCUAGAACUCGAUCAAAACUUUAUCCAGUCUUUGGAUUUGAUCAAACUUAAUCCAGUCCUAGGACUUGAUCAAACUUCAUCCAGUCCUAGGACUUGAUCAAACUUCAUCCAGUCCUAGGACUUGAUCAAACUUCAUCCAGUCCUAAGACUUGAUCAAACUUCAUCCAGUCCUAAGACUUGAUCAAACUUCAUCCAGUCCUAAGACUUGAUCAAACUUCAGGACUUGAUCAAACUUCAUCCAGACCUAAGACUUGAUCAAACUUCAUCCAGUCCUAAGACUUGAUCAAACUUCAUCCAGUCCUAGGACUUGAUCAAACUUCAUCCAGUCCUAAGACUUGAUCAAACUUCA